UGAAUUUUUUUGACCUCUUUAAAAUCCAACAAGAUGUCUUGAAACCAGAAGUAAGUAUCUUGUGAAUUCCAUUCCGAUUUUGAGAGCCAAAGAGAUUGAGAAACAAGCCUUGAACCCUUGUAUCUUCAACAAUGGGAAACAUUGUCAAGCCUUUCAAGCAACAACCUUCUUCUUUUGCUUACCAGCCUCUCACCGUCCCUCUAAUUCCAGAAGUGGAGGCACAAAGCGAGAAUCUGAGAGUCUUCAGUUUCAAGGAAUGGAUGAAAGCAACGAAGAAAUCCAGACAAGACAGGGUCGUAAUUCGCGAUGAUCACUAUAUUCGAUCAUUCUACAAGGGCUACAUCGAUAACACCACAUUUGCACCAUCAAGAACUAAAACCGGUACCCCUGUUUCUGUUGUCGAAUAUCUUCAUGGCAGUUCACAGGCUCUACAAGAGUGGGUGGACAUAUUUGGCGUGAUCUUGCUUGAGCUUUUAGUUGGUUCACAAGAUAGAUCAACAGCUUUGAAGAAUCAAAGCUCAGAUUGGACUGGGUCUUUCUUGCCCGAUAAUUAUAAGAUUGGGGAAAUAAUCGACCCCCGAAUAGGAAGCGAUUAUCCUGUGGAUGCGGCCACAAAGAUUGUCACACUCAUCCAAAGAUGCACCAAUCGGGACAAGAAGAAACGACCAUUGAUGCAAGAAGUUUUGGAUGCUCUGAAUUAUAUUGCAGGGAUUAGGUCCUAAUGUGAGAUGUCCUUAUAUUGGACACAGGGACAUGGAUAAAUGCUAGGUGUUUAUUUGUAAUAAUUGAAAGAGUCAGUCUAGACUAAAGCUGAAAGAGUUAGGGGUUAACAAUUGAAGCUAUUUAAAAUCAAGAAGCAUGCUUUAAACUUUUAUAGCAGAUUUUCUGAAAUCGAGUGUCGCCCAAAAAGAAAAACUCAAAUAUAAUUUGUCACUGUAAAAUAUGAUAGAGAAAAAUACAAAACUAGAGCCUAUGAGAUUCUGUAAAA